GUUUUGAGAUGCGAAACCGCGCCUUUUCCAGGAUUCUAUCGAGAAAGGCAUCUAACAUAACCAUGUUGCCCGAAACACAUCGUAUGUUGAAAGAAACGCUGGUAGCUUUCACAAACGAACAACUCAUUCCAAAUGCACGAACAUUUGAUAAAUUCAGCCUGUUUCCCCGUGAUCAAAUCGAACAACUGGGCAAAAUGGGAAUAUUGUCUUUGAACAUGCCAUCAUCAUUAGGAGGUGCUGCGUUCGACUACUUAGCGUACGCAUUAGCAGUUGAAGAAAUUAGCCGAGGAUGUGCUUCAACGGGCGUAAUUGUAAGCGUCAACAAUUCUUUGUAUCUAGGGCCUAUUUUGAAGUUCGGAAAUGAUGCACAGAAAAAGGAAUGGAUUGAACCUUUUUGCGACGGAACUAGACUUGGAUGUUUUGCGUUGAGUGAACCAGGAAAUGGAAGUGACGCGGGCGCUGCGUCAUGCACCGCCAAAGAAGAGUCAGAUUGUUAUGUGCUAAAUGGAACUAAAGCCUGGAUCACAAAUGGCUUAGAAGCAGAGGCUACUAUUGUUUUCGCCACAACAGAUAAACAUGCCAAACAUAAAGGCAUCAGUGCGUUUUUGGUGCCCAAACCAUAUGAAGGUCUAAGUUUGGGUAAAAAAGAAGAUAAACUGGGAAUCAGGGCUUCUUCUACGUGUAAUAUCAUCCUAGAAAACUGCAGAAUUCCAAAAGAAAAUUUACUGGGAAAACCAGGCGAGGGUUUUAAAAUUGCGAUGGCAACUUUGGACUCAGGCAGAAUCGGAAUAGCUUCGCAAGCUCUCGGAAUUGCUCAGGCUUCAAUUGAUUGUGCAGUUGAUUACGCCAUGCAGCGAAAGAGCUUCGGCAGCCCAAUCAGCAAUCUACAGUCAAUUCAAAUUAAACUUGCAGACAUGGAAACUAGGUUACAGAGUGCGAGAUUGUUAACGUGGCAUGCGGCUCAAUUGCAAAGUGCAGGAGAAAAAUUCACUAAAGAGGCUGCAAUGGCUAAAUUGGCAGCAUCAGAAGCGGCUACUUUUUGUGCUCAUCAGGCGAUCCAGGUGCUCGGUGGCAUGGGAUUUGUGACGGACAUGCCGGCCGAGAGACAUUACAGAGAUGCGAGAAUCACUGAAAUAUACGAAGGCACUAGUGAGAUACAAAAGCUAGUUAUUGCUGGCAAUCUAAUUAAAGAAUAUUAGUCGAAAUUAGUAAUCACAGAAAACUAUUUAAUCGUAAUCAAAUGUUUCUGAGUUA